CGGGAUUUCUUAUCACGUGAUACGAUUGGUUGCCACGCGAAUCUAAAAACACAGCAAGAGUUCGGUUGCUGGCGGAUCUCUUUUCACUCUUCUAGUCAUGCCACCCAAAAAGAAAGGAAAGAAAAAGAAAGGAUCCGCCAAAGGCAAGAAAGCCAAGGCACCAACGAUUAUUGAUGGCGUUCCUGCAGAAGAGAUGACAAAAGAACAGCUGCAAGCUCACAUUGAGAACAUGCGUGAAGAAUUGGACAGAGAACGAAGUGAGCGGAACUUCUUCCAGCUCGAACGAGACAAGGUGAACACAUUUUGGGAGAUAUCGAAACAGCAGCUGGAAGAAGCGAGAGCUGAGAUGAGGAACAAGGACAGAGAGAUGGAAGACAUGGAAGAAAGACACCAAGUGGAGAUCAAGGUUUACAAGCAGAAAGUGAAACACUUGCUCUACCAACACCAAUCAAGUGUUACCGAAUUUCGCCAUCAAGGAACUGUUGCUAUGAAAAUGGGUCAGGAUGAACACAGGAAAUCCGAGAAAGAAUUGGUUGAUGACAAACGAUCGCUAAAAGUAAACAUCAAGGAAAUGGAGCUAGCACACGAAGAGGUGGUCAAGGCAUUGAAAAUGAAACAUGAUGAGGAUAUCUCUCAGCUGAGGGCGGAUUUCGAAAGGCAGUCGGAAGAACUGCAGAAGAAACACGAUAAGAAAAUGAAGGCAUUACGAGACGAACUCGAACUAAGACGAAAGACCGAAAUCCAUGAAAUCGAAGAGCGUAAAAACAGUCAGAUCGAUGCUCUAAUGAGGAACCACGAGAGUGCAUUUAGCAGCAUCAAGAACUACUACAACGACAUCACGUUGAACAAUCUGGCACUGAUCAACUCACUCAAGGAGCAAGUGGAAGACAUGAAGAAGAGAGAGGAACGAAUGGAGAAGCAGAUGGCUGAGAUUCAAGCCGAGAAUCGUAAACUAGCCGAACCACUAGCAAAGGCUAAAGAAGAAGUGGCUGAACUGAAACGUCAGCUCGCUAACUACGAAAAAGUGAAAGGGUCUCUCGCCAGUGCGAAGGCCAGACUCAGAGUACAGGACGACGAACUCAAGAGUCUUCAUUGGGAGCAUGAAGUCUUAGAGCAGAGAUUCAAACAAAUUCAGAAGGAGCGAGACAACUUGUACAGUACGUAUGUGACAGCUAUCCAGGAGGUGCAACAGAAGAGCGGCUUUAGAAACCUACUGCUCGAGAAGAAGCUCGUCACUCUAGCUGACACGCUAGAAAAGAAGGAAGCACAACUAAACGAAGUGCUGUCGGCGUCCAACCUCGACCCAACCGCCAUGGCGAUCGUCACACGAAAACUAGAGGAUGUAUUGGAUUCGAAGAACAGUGCGAUCAAAGAUCUGCAGUACGAGCUGGCGAGAGUAUGCAAGGCACACAACGAUCUCAUUCGUACGUAUGAAUCCAAGUUGAAGGCUUUCGGAGUGCCGACGGCUGAACUGGGAUUCAAGCCACUCGAGAGCACGGCAGGAGGGCAGACACUCGGUCAAUCACCAGCAGGGCUAGUCUCGGCUCCGACAUAACAUUAUUGCACUCUUUAAUGUACUUUAAUUUACUUUACUCGAACGUUCUGGCUGUGUGUAGACUAUACUAUAGAUAAAGUAUUAUAGAACUUCACUUUGCAAGUGUCCCACUGUUUCC